AUGUUAUAUGAACUCAAUCUCUCUGGAAAAAUCAAGAUUGAUGUACCCAGGAUUAUCUGGGUGAAUUUCUUCCAUUUAUAUGGAUUGUUUCUGGCAGUCAUCUCUUAUGCCUUGAGUAAUCCGCGAAUGCGUUUACUACAGACUAUAUUAGAUAUUUCUUCGAGAUUGCCACAGAAGUCAUAUCAAAAACUAUCCAAAUUAAUACACGCUAAGGAUAUUUUCGGUUUUUUCUUUCAUUUCUGGACAGCGCUAACAUUAUAUUUCUCUAAUUCCGAAAGGAUGGUUUUUGGUUUAGUCGAUAUCUUUAGUCGAGUUUGCAUUAGCUUGUUAGGAUUUCAAAUAGAUAUGCUAUACAUAAAUUGCGUUUGUGUCUUAAAAGCCUGUUUCAAAGAAAUCAACGAUAAUCUGGAGAAUCUGUGGGAGCUGAUGAUGAAUAAUCCCAGACAGAUCUAUCCUGAGCAGAGACAUCCGUUUUUGCUGAUAAAACUUAAGGCUCUGAAGAAGCAGCACCUGAUGAUAAGUGACACAGUGCAGAUGCUUAACAUGAUUUUCAGUCUGCAUCUUCUCGCUAUCAUAGCUGCAUCCUUCAUGCUGAUAAUAUUCUACGUGUAUUUCAAUGUAAUACAAUGGCAAAACGGGAUAUCCUUGAAUCAAACCGAGAUUGAUAAUGCAUAUUUGAUAUCAGUCUUAAUAUAUUACUUUACAAGAUUAACAUUGAUAGUGUGGGCUUGUGAAACUGGUAAAAAUGAAGCGAUAAAAAUUGGCACUAUCAUUCACGAUUUACUUAACAGCAUCAGAGAUGCACAAAUUAAAGAUGAAUUAAAUCUGUUUUCCUUGCAAAUAUUACAUUGCGAUAAUACAUUCUCCGCAAAAGGUUUCAAUAUAAAUGUAACGUUGGUCACUGAGCAAAGACAAAAUGAUGCAUCCGAGGCACCAUAA